AAUUUUGUGAGCUUCAGUGCCAUGAGCCAUUUCGUGUAAACCUGAUGAAAGCGCGCCUCCGCGGCCACGACGGCUCCUACAGUAUCCGGAGCCGGAUGUGAGGUUGGAAAUUCAACAGCUCCGGGACCGCGUUGGGUGCCUGGCUGAUAUAGAGAUGAGUGGUGAAAACGUCAAGUUGUUUGUUGGGAACCUUCCUAUAGAUGCGACUCAAGACGAGAUCAACAAGCUCUUUGCUCCGUAUGGCGAGAUCAACACCUGCUCCUUGCUUAGACAAUAUGCCUUCGUGACACUAAGGGGGGAGGGAGCAGCAGACAGGGCUAUACGACAUCUUGAUGGGAAAGAGUACAGAGGAAGGCCCUUGGUGGUUGAAGAGUCACGUGCACGCCCGCCCAACUCCACCAAGGUGUUUGUGGGAAAUCUCAGUGCAACGUGUUCAGCAGAUGACCUGCAUGGGCUGUUCUCGACAUUUGGACGGGUUUUAGACUGUGAUAAGGUCAAAGCCAGAUUAUGCUCAAAUGUUGGAUAUGCAUUUGUGCAUAUGGAGAGGAAAGAGGAGGCCAUGGCAGCUAUUGAAGCACUUAGUGGGACCAUAUUUAAGGGCCGUCAAUUGGCCGUAGAGCUUUCUAAAGCCCAGCCUUUGGUCAACCAGCUUCUUUCCGGAAAUUCAGCCAACGCAGGCGCACAAGGUGGUAGAGAGGGUCUCCUUCCCCGGCCACCUCCAUCACUAGAGCAUCAUCAGAGUCAAGCAGCCGUGCUUGCUGCAGCUGCUGCAGCUGCUGCUGGAUUGCCCAUACAGGUUCAACAAAGUGUCCAUAAUUCGUUCUACAACACCACAUCCUUUGAUCCCACCUAUGCUGCUCUGAAGGGCAUUACAAGUUCUAGAGGUGCAGAUGGGUUGAUAUACGGUGCACUUGCUAGCCAGGUUUACGGAUCUGUUGCCAACCAGGUUUACCAAGAUAUAACUACUCAUGAAACGGCUGAAGAAAUAGAGCAACCGGCUGCACCAGAUCCAACAACACUUUUUGAGGCAGCAAGAGCCAAGUUUUUUCAGGAGGGACAGAAGGUUCUGGCAGAGCAGCAGGCAGGAAGAAAGACAUCAACUUCAGAUAAUGAGCGGGACCGUAGCCCAAUUAGAGGAAAUCGAGCGCCUCUCCUUCCUGACCCUGUUCCAGGUUCCUUCGCUCAGGUACGACCUAAACGACGCGCCCUGCUGCCGACACCACCUGGAGUACCCGAAGAUCCCGCCACGACUCCUGAAGGGUCCGAUCCUGUUGCUAGGUCUUACUCAGAGUACUACCAGCAAAUGCACCAAUACCAACAGUAUCAGCAAUAUCAGCAACAGUAUCAGUACCUCCAGUAUGCUUACACCAAUCCUCCUCCACCUCCUCCUCCACCGGCCACUACACAGACACCGGCCUCCACCGCUGCACCUGCGCCACCAGGAACAUAUGCAGCACCCCCAACAUAUGCCGCAUCUGGAGCCUAUGCAGCACCAGGAACAUAUGACAGCUCUGCAAACUAUGACGCCUCAUCAGGGAGUUAUGACACUUCAGCGGUGAACUACGAUGUCUCGUCAGGAACCUACGACAGCUCAGCAGGCUAUGACGCUUCUGGGGGCUACGGAUCAUAUGACUCAUCAGGAGCUUACGCAGCAGGAAGCUACUCCACAUCCACACCGUAUGAGCAGACACCCGCACAUGGGCAACCCAUGGCCCAGCGCAAUGAUUACCCUUAUCACACGCCAGAACCCCCAUAUCGAUAAUUUCACCCCUACACACUCCUUCCACACUGCAGAUGUGUUUGUGUGUGUGCGUGCGCGCAUGUGUAUUUACCUAAGGGACAGUUUAAAGAGGAUAAUCAGACAAGCGGCAAGUUUGUAAUUCGAAUGUGCUUUAAUUCUAAAGCAGCUCACCUUUUGUACAUCUUGGCUAUCCUUGUCUCUAACUAGCUUGCCUGUGAGUUGAUGCCUGUUGAUGGGAUUUUUGAAUUAACAUGUGGGACAGCUAAGAUUGGAAUAUUAAGUUUAGUUUUCUGUUUUACGUCACAGAAGCUGGUUCCUUGUUGAAUGUUAAAGAAGCAUAAGCAUUUUUUGAGACAACGUUAGACUCGGUGCCCACAAGAUUUUCCCAAGACUGUUUUUGUUUUGUAGGUGGACCAGGCCUUUUAUAUACUCUACAUAAUAGUUUAUGCUAAACUUUGUAACUGUAUAUUGAAUUGAAAUUUCCCAGCUUUUAGAAUUACUUCUGAAGAAAUAAAUACCCAACAAAUUGGUUCCAUUAAUCUUGGCCUCUUUAUAGAAUAGAAACGCUUGCCUUUGUUUGGAGUGAUGGAGUCGAAGGUCUGUACAGACACAGACCUUUGUAUUGAUUAUUUUUAUAGUAAUAUUCUUUGUGGAGUAUGUAACCGGCCUUAGGUAAAACUCAGUGACAUGACCGGUUCUGUUCUGGCCAGCCUGUUUGUAUGGUCAUUUAACUGCAGGUACUUGAGCAAUGCACCAGUUAGGUUUUGUUGCCUUUUUGUAAAGAGCCUUCACCAGGUUACCUGUAGGAAUGUGUGCUAAUUGGCUAGAUUAUUUGGAUUCAUUCGGAGUUCAACAAGCAGAAAGAAGUAUCAUUCGUUUGUGGCUCCCAGUUUAGGAAUUGGGUUCAUUGAAUUCUUUGAUGUGGCAGAAAUUUCUAAUUGUGGGCUAAUCAGAUUACAUGACCCUUGACUCCUGGUGAUUCAUUGCAUUUGGCCUGCUGUAUAAAAAUUAUUGUUGA